GAGGUUUACCAACAUUCUUUGAAUGGGUGAUAGUUCUCCAUAUACCAGCUACAAUAGAUGCGUAUAGUAAGCACGGCAUUCUGGCGUGGUGAAUUUUGGGUCAAGAAGGCUACCAACGUCACAGCUGGCGACAGCAAGCUCCGGAAGGAUUCUCGAGGAGUGAGCUAGUGGAGUGUGGCGAAGGGCAUCUCCGUGCGUGAGCGCCUGGAGUUGGACGGCCGUAUGGGAAGCUCAGGGUCCUUCUUAAAGCACCGGAUUUCCUGUAAUCAGCUUCUCGAGACCAGCAUGGAGUUAAUCUUGUAUAACGCAAGUGACCGCAUUUCACGCCAUGUCCGACUUGAAGAAGAGCGCGCCUGAAGCGCCAAAAUACACUAUCGUCAGGGAUUCCAUCAUUUAUGAGCGCAUUUGGUAUCUGGAAUACCGUCUGGGCAUCCGGUCCAAUGUAGUCGUUGCUGCGACUUACAACCACCCUUCUGGCCAGGCGCUCACGAAGCCAAUGGUCCUCAGAGCACUCAAGACCGUCAUUGAACAACAGCCUUCCAUGCGUCUUGUUGGCGUCCCUGUUACCAAGCAAGACAAGCAAGGGAAAGAAACGACAGGGCUGAUGAUGGCCGCCUUGAACGAGAUCAACGUGGAAGAGAGCGUGCAGUUCAAGGAAGGCCAGGGCAUUACAGAAGAGAUGAUUGAGAAGCUCCACAACCAGUGGGACUUUGGUGAACCCGAUAAGCCAUGGUUCAAGCUCGUUGUUUCGGGCUCGACUGUGUACUACGUCAACCAUCACGCCAUAAACGAUGGUAUGUCUGGGUACAUCUUCCAUCGAACAUUCACAGCGGCGCUCAAUGCGGCCGGCGCCAACUCGUCAACGGACGGAGUCACCACCUGGAGCAGUACAUACGACCCUUCGACUAUGGCCAUUACACCUAGCCUGCAUAGUGUUGUUCAGCAAGGUGAAGCCAAGGGGAAGCCAUGGCAGGUCAAUGUCUGGGAAGUCAUCAAGCCCGUUCUGACAGCUUGGCUUCUGUACAUGUUUGUGCCCAGCUGGCUUGUCUUCUCAGACCUUCCAAGUGUGAAGCCAAAGCCACAUACUGCAUCUACUGUAAUCGAGGCAUCCGACCGUGGCGUGACGAGGACAGUCCUCCGCAGGAUUCCCGCAGAAACCAUGGACAAGCUCGUGGCCAAGUGUCGCGAAAACGGAACCAGCGUAACGGCACUGCUCAUGACCAUGCUGACAGCCAGCAUCAUCAACGACUACUAUAGCGACAAGACGUUCUUGCUCAGUGUCAUCUCGGUGGACAUUCGCAAUCGCCUGCCCGACGACAUGAUUGCCCUGGAGAACAAAACCAUGGGCAACCGCGCUGGUGGAGUCUACAGCUUCCAGAAGACGGGCAAGUACAAGGGUCUUUUCCCAUCUGGUCAAGACAAGCUCGGCGAGCAGUCCUCGACGCUGAAGACGGAUGAAAUCUGGGCGCGAGCGAGGGAUGCGAAGCAGUGGAUGCAUGCAGGGCUGGACCCUGCUGCUCGUACCAUCCGUGCCUCAGCAGAGCAACCCAACGAUCUGGACGCGGUCGCAAAGACAUUGACGGCUGGAGAGGCAAUGAAGCCAGCUUACAAUCUUGGAAACCUCGGUCCAUACGUUUCCGAGAAGAGUCAGGAUGGUUGGACUGUGGAAGACGUUGCAUUCUCUGGCCCUCCUCAAGGAGGGAUUGGUGGUCCUCGCCCCCCUCUGUUCCAGGUCGGUGGUGUCAAGGGUGGUAACACGCAUAUUGCGACAAACUGGCAGGAUGGAGGCAUGCCGCGCGAGAAGAUUGAGGGCAUCGUAGAUGGCACGUUGCGGAGGAUAGAGCAGCUGGUGAUCUCGUAGUAGUUGUGUCCAUGUAAGAAUUGAUUGCAAGCACAAAUGGGAAUUCAAGGAAUCGGUACUUUACGUCGGUCUGGAUGCGUG